GAGAGAGAGAGAGAGAGAGAGAGAGAGAGUGAGAGAAGAAACGGGAGCGCGAGGGGUCGGUAGAGUAAGAAAAGUAGAGCGGGGGAGAGAGUAAGAGAGAAAGCGCGCGCGCGCGAGGGCGAGAGGGACGGGACGGUGCUCUGAGGCCGCUGGUGGUUUAUAAAUAAAGUUAAACCAGAAAGGGAUAUCGUCGGAAUCGAAGCAACGACGGCCACGGCUAAUCAUCGCUACGCAUCAUCAUCAACGGCAGCCACGAAAACGGAGCCUCGAGGCGGAUUGAGUUGGCCAGGACGCGGCGGACUCCUUGAUACAUCGGCAUACGCGUAUCGGUGACCACGCGCGAGUCCCUGGACCACCGCCUGAUAAGGAAACGCGCCUAACGCAACGCGAAAGGCCCCAGUGCCGGCUUCAGGAUGGCGUUCAUGAUGCCCGUGGUGAAGAACGAGUGGGACAUUUACAAGACCAACCGUAGCAGGCGCUCCUCCGAGUGCUCCAAUCCCCAGGCCUGUCGCAGCAGAAAGGUCUCGGAAUGUUCGAAGUCGGAGGGCCCAUCCUUGUCGACCUCCCCGGGUUCGGACUUCCUUACAUCCCCAGCCCAUCGUUCGGUCCCCCUGAGCAGCCGUCACUUCUCACGCACUUCCUCUCGAGCCUCCCAGAGUUCCUUACAAUCUCCCAGCAAAAGCACCGGCUCUUCACCUCCAAAAACCGGCAGCUCCAGUUCCCUAAACAAAUUCCACAAUCGUCUGGUGGACAAGCUGAAGCGCUCGCUGAGGAAGGCUGACGAUAGCGGUGACGACCAGCGCAACCUCUCGUGAAACAAUCAGGGGGUUUUGGGCCGACCACCGCCGUUUGGCUCGAAACCAAUCGAAAUACGACGCACCUCCGCGCCCCAGACGACGUACUUGAACGCCUCGUCGUCCGGAAACAACAAUAGCAAUGGCGUGGCUCGUUCGUGUCCAGAUCGUCAGCAGCGACCUCAUGACGAAACAAGCUGGUAGCUGUGGUCGAUUGAGCCUGAGGUUUUAACAAGUCGAUCUAAAUGAAAAACCUGCAAAAAUGGAAAUUAAUCAUUAAUGGCAUCCUGUAUCGAUGACGACGACGAUGAC